CCUAAUUUUCUUAAUUGAAGAAGACUCGAGCUCCAUUUCCACUACCGGCAGCCGAAGAAUAACCAUAGGAAGAAUUUUCGCAGAAAUCAAUCAAACACAAACAUGGGUAAGGUACACGGUUCGUUGGCGCGUGCCGGAAAGGUGAGAGGACAGACGCCGAAGGUGGCAAAGCAGGACAAGAAGAAGAAGCCCCGCGGACGCGCCCACAAGCGUAUGCAGUACAACCGCCGUUUCGUCACCGCCGUUGUUGGCUUUGGGAAGAAGAGGGGACCAAACUCAUCUGAGAAGUAAAGCUGAGCAGAGUGAGCAACAAGUAUUCGGAUUUAAUAUUUUUUUUUAAUUUAUAAUUAUGGUGUAGUGAUUGCUAGUGUUAUUUGACUGUUUUGAACAUAUAUCCAUUUGCUCAAUUUUGAAUUAGUUUAAUUUGAGUUUCUGAAUAAUCCGCCAUUACAAGAACAUCAUGCCACUACAUUCAAGAACUUAUGUGGACACGAUUUCUGGGUGCCGGUAAUUCGAUUGGAUUAUGUGAUCAAAUACUUCUAUCUAAGCUCUUCGAACGAACGCACUAAUUGAAUGUUUUAUGUCGAAUAAUCCUUGAUAAAUUUUUGCAACAAAAGAUACAUAUUAUUUUUGUUUAC